AUUGUAGCGCAUAUUUUGCGAUAGUUUGGAUUAGUCGAAAAGGUUUAUUAUGCGUUUUUGCGUUGUAUUUAUGAACAGAAUAAGCAACAAUGGAAGUUUUGUUUUUGAGGAAAUGAAUGUCGUUGAUUUAGUCGCUGUGAAAAAUGAUCAGUAUAGUGGCGAUACGACCAGUGAAUCAAUGGAUCCUCUGAGGGGGCUUAAUAUUAUACAGAGUUACAUCACUGAUUAUAUCCAGUAUCGUGUGCACCUGCAUAACGGUUAUUGUCCGCGUUUGCCAGAAACCCCAGUUUCGGACGAUUAUCGAAAUGAAUUAAUUCGAGCGGUUGUCUUAAUUUUUGAAAAGAAACAUGCAGAAGAGCUCAAGAACAUGGUUACAACAUUAUGUCUAAAUGGAAGGCUUACAUUUCAACGAUAUGUUGAGGUUGUAGAAUGUUUUACACAAAACGAUGAGGAUGAGUCAGCUGAACAACUAUCUUAUGGACGAUUGGUGGCAUUGAUUGCAUUUGCUGGAUUAGUUGCAAUGAAACUUUGUGAUAUGCAGAUGUUUUCAGAAGUGUCAAUGAUUGCAUCUUACACGUCCAAAUUCUUGCACAAGCGGAUCGUUUUAACAUGGCCACAAGAGAAACGUUCUUGGGAAAAUUUUUUUGAUCGCGCAAAAAUGAUAAUUGAUAGAAAUGAAGUUGAGGCAAGUGAACAACUUAAUUUGAAAUCGGAAUGCAGUCGGUGGUGGCUAUCAAUUAGAGCGUUGGUGAUAUUCGGCAUGUUUGGUAUCGGCGCUUUUACAUUAAUGAAGGCUAUGCUGAAAGCACGAUAAUCUGUGAUUGCAACAGGU